AGCCAAGCUCCUGGAAGCGCAGAAACAGGAGCAGAUUUGCAAAGGAGGAGAAAGCCCCGACGUGGAGGGCUCGAGGGCUGCCGCCAACUUCGGGGUGAUCACAUGACCCCAAGGCUAGCCGGCAAGAGGACAUCAUUCCUCCACCACAGACAGCCGGACAGGGGUGGGCAUGGGGCCGGAGCCCACACAAAGCCCUGCCUGGGAUUUUGCUGAAGACAGAAGCACCCUGACCCUCCAAGUUGGGAGUUUCGAGGACCCCCUGAACUUAGAGCUCCCGGGCCAUCUUUCCCUGAGAAUGAAGCCAACACAGGCAGGAUUGAGCUUAAAGUCUGAAUUGGAUGGUGUCUAGUGACAGCCUCUGAACUCCUGGACCCAACUACACCUGAAGCCACUGUACCCCACAUUUUCUAGAUCCCCACCCCAGGCCACACGCCUCAAGGGACAUCUGGGAUGGAGGAAGCCGAGGGUUGGGCUGAAUCCUUCCUCACCAAACGUGGACACGAUGCCUGGCACCCCCGCCGAGAGUGGUCUGUGGUCCCCUCUCGUGAUCACUACAGUGUCUCUGAGAUAUCACUGUCCCCAUUUCCCAGAUGGGAAAACCGAGGCUCCAGAUGGCUAAGAAAUGUGCCCAAGUGUCUGAACCUGCAGGCAGUGGGCUGGGGCUCAGGCCUGGGUCUGUGUGGCCUCCUUAGUCAGUGGGGAGUGGGUGUGAGGGAAGCCCAGGUGACACUGGCCCAGCACAACACACAGGACAGCAGGUGCAGAGGAACCCGCACCAAGGGACCCCACCCACAGGCAGCAGCGGCAUCUGCGGCAGGGAGAUUUGCCUCUGGGCUCCCCACACUGUCCCAUGAGUUGUCCAAGGACUGGGACCUGGGGUUGGGAGGAACACACAGCAGCCGUUGGCUGUGUUGCCAUGACACCACAGAGGUUCCAGUCACCAGCACAGGCCGCCUGUCCCAGGGAGACAGUCCUAUUUGUAACAUCUAUCUCAGCCUGAAUCGGGGAGACAGUCCUGUUUGUGACAUCUAUCUCAGCCUGAAUUGGAGAAGGCUUCCUACAGCAGAAGCAGACCCAGAGCAAGGGCAUCCCUGAUUCGAGAGGAAGCUGGCGUGCCGAAGGUCACCAGCAGGCACUGUGGACUCUGCCUUUGAGCUUGGACCCCGCCUGGCCCACAAAGCCCCGUGUUGCUUCCGAGAGCCCACGCGCAGGUUCCCGGACCUCCAACUGCAUCCUGGAGGGGGUGAAGGGGGCUCACUGUGUGGCGUGUGCCAGGUGGAGGGGCUGGCAUGGGACAGGGGGAUGGAGCUGGGGGAAAGACCAGCAGAUCCCUGGAUACACGGGGUGAGGCUGGGCUGUCUCAGAUGGGCAGGACUAAAAGCAAGACAAACAAGACGGAAGGGCUCAAGACUGGAGCAGCCAGGAAAUUCUGUCCAAGUCGAGUCCCUGGGUUUGCGAGACUUCACUCCACCUCACAGGGGUCGUCUGGGUUUGUGGUCUCUGGCCAGGCGGGUGCGGGAGCCUGUCUCUUCCAGCUCAGGCUCAUGCUACACCAGAAAGGGAAGGGCAAGAACACUCCCUCAACCCAGAGGACCCCCAGAUCAAGAGACCACCCAGGCUACAAUCAACUCCGAUGGCGCUUUUAAUCACCCCAGCAGGAAUGGUGACUGUAAACAGACAUUCAACAAUUCCCAGUGACACACAUACCUCCCGGGCAAAACUGCGUUUCCAUAAACCUUGCAGAAAUGACUCGGAGAGCUGGCUGAGCGAGGGCCGCCUGGACACCAGUGUGCAGACGCCGUGUCCUCAGCACCCCCACAUUCAGCCAUCCUUCGAGCCCCAGCCCUUGGAACACUCCAGCUGCCUCUCCACUUGUCUGGCGGGAUGUUUCCUCCUGGUGCCCUCAUCACCCCACACCCACCCUCUUCUCCCAGGCUCCCGGUGACUCCCCCCACCACUUGCUCUGCUGAUGGGUACAUUCUCCCCAGGUCUGGCCGUGAAGCCAUCCUGGGUGCCUUAGUUUCCCCUGCUGGCCAGGCAGUCACCAGCCUCAGUGGGAAUGCCACUCUCUGCCACCACCCAGCCUGGCUCAGUGGGAAGCUUGCACUUUCCCAAGUUGUGUUCCUCCAGCCCAUUCUCUGAACACUCGGAUGAGAACAAGGCUACUGGCCAGGGGUGUGAGAGCAGGGAUCAACGUCAGCGACCAUCCCAUCUCUGUGAGUGUCCUGAAGCUACCAAGCAAAGUGCCACCAACCGGGCGGCUGAGACCAACAGAAAUGUAUUCCCUCUUGGUUCUGAGGCCAGAAGCCUGAGCUCAAGGCGUCAGGAGAGCCAGCCCCGCUCUGGCAGCUCUAGAAGAGAAUCCGUUUCUUGCUCUCCCAGCUUCUGGUGUUGCUGGCAACCAUUAGCAUUCUUGACUUGUGGCUGCGCUGCUCCCAUCUCUGCCCCCGGGGUCAUGUGGCCUUCUCCCCGGCCUUGCUGUGUGUCCCCUCCUCUUGUAAGACUCCAGUCACUGGGUUUAGGGCCCACACAAAUCUAGUAUGACCUCACCUUGACUUAAUCACAUCUGCAAAGGCCCUUCUUCCAAAUAAGGUCAUGUUCCCCAUUUCUGGGUAGAUGUAAAUUUAGGAGGGCCGCUAUGUAGCCCAGUGCCAUCCUCCUACAAACCCCAGGAUGGCUGAGGAAUCCAAUCUCAACUGAGAUGCAUCAGGCUGCUUAGGAUCAGAGCCUGGACCAUACUGAGCACUCACAUUCUCUCCUAAUAUUCUUUCAAGCAUUCCAGCAACAUCUAUUCCUGGAAACCCCGGGUCAAUCCCCCACCACCAGUGCUCCUGUUGCCUGGAGAAGAAAAUGCUCCAGACUCCUCCUUCCCAGCCUGCUGGGUUCCCUCCAACCCAGGCCCAGCCCCUUUCUCCAGGGAUUGAUAAGACGCCAUUUCCAGAUAUAUUGUUAAGUGGCAAAAGCAGACAGCAGUAUGC